AUGGGGACUCCCAGUAGCCCGGAGGAGAGGUCCGGGUCCCCGCCGGUCCCCGAGUGCGACGCAGAGGUUCAGCCUCAAGGGGCCUCCCAGCCCCAUGAUCACCCCGAUGAGCCCCGCGAACAGGAGGCUCCCGGGGUCCCGGCGGAGCUUCCUAGCGGCCAAGGAGUUGAGCAGCAGACUGAGGAAGAGGAAGAAGUGGGAGAAGGCAGCAGCACCGAGAGCAGCCGGGAGGAGCCCGAGGGCGCACCCCGGGCACAGACACCGGCCUCACCCUCCACCUGCACCCCUUAUGGGGAAGGGGUGAGAGCAGCCCGGAGGAGGCUCCAAGCCCAGAAGCUGGAGGCAGUGACUCGAGUUGCCCUGUUGGAGCAGAGACUGAAGGAGCUUCAGCGUCAAAAGAAGGAGCUGAGGAUCCAGAUGGAGGUGGAGGUGGCCCUGAUACGGGGUGAACUGGCUGGAGAGAGAGUGGCCCUGCGGCGGGAGGAGGAGCAGCUCCGGGAGCUGCUAGGGCAGCUGGUGGUCCAGGAGCCCGGCAGCCAGGAGCGGGAACAGGAACAGAAGCAACUAAGGCAGGAGCGGGACCGCGUGGAGGGUCUCCGCCACAGACUUCAGGAGGCCCAAGGACAGCUGGACUCCCAGCCAGAGGACCAGCGGGAGCGACUUCUGCAGGGGGUACAGGAGAUGAGGGAACAGCUGGAUGUGGCCCAGCGCGCUUAUGAGGACCUGGAGUUCCAGCAACUGGAGCGGGAGAGCCGGCAGGAGGAGGAGGAGCGGGACCGCCCUGGGCUCCAGCUGCCGGACCCCAAGGCCCAGGAACUUCAGGCCAGUGUGGCCCAGCACAGGGUGAGGUGGCGGGGGGUGGCCCUGCAGCGCCGGAUCCAGGUCUUGGAGGAGCAGCUCAAGUCUCUGGGGGAGCAGAUGGUGGCUGAGAGCCGGGGCCUCAGCCAGGAGAAGGAGGAGACCCGUCGGGCCCUGGCCCAGGAACAGAACCGAUUCCUCGAGCUUAACCGCCUUCAGGAAACACCUGGUGGGGACUUCUCUGAGCCCAACCAAGCUCUCACAAAGGUAUGCUGUAUGCUGGAGACAGAUAAUGAGCUGUUGAUUUUGCUGGAUGCAGUGGCGCAUGCCUAUGGAACACCUCUUCCUGAGUGCUUGGGCCUUGCAUGUUUUCAGGGCUCCUUUGGUCUCCAGAGGACUGGAAGCCUGCCCCGGAGAAGAGGAGAGAGAGYGAGCCAGAGAGGAUCCCCACGGCCUCUGUCCCUCCAUUGUACUGGACCCCUUGAGGCCUCKACUCUCACACCAGCAGUGGAGGCCUCUGGGAGACACCCGCUCUAUCAGCUGCUAAACUGUGGCCCUGGGAACAGCUGCAGGGCCCUCCACCCAGACAUCGCUCACAUGGAGAAGCUUCUGCAUCAGGCAAUUGCAGAAAGGGAGCGGCUGAUCAAGGCCAGGGAAGGAAUGAAAAAGAGCAGAGAAAGUUCCUCAGGCCCAGCUCUCCCUGCCAUCAUGGCCCCACCUGCGCCCCCACCCCGCCCGCCAGGCCCCCGCGWCCUGGAUCUCCGGCAGCACCUGGAACGCUGGGGCCACAACCCAGAAAGCUGUCCUCAUGUGCGCGUGUCCUGUGGCUGCUGCCGAGGACCCCUGGUGAAGAUGGGUGGCCGCAUCAAGACCUGGAGGAAGCGCUGGUUCUGCUUCGACCGCCAGGCACGUCGCCUGGCCUACUAUGCAGACAAGGAAGAGACCAAGCUCAAAGGUGUCAUCUACUUCCAGGCCAUUGAGGAAGUCUACUAUGACCACUUACGCUGUGCCUUCAAGAGCCCCAGCCCUCGCCUGACUUUCUGUGUCAAAACCUACGAACGCCUUUUCUACAUGGUGGCCCCGAGCCCCGAAGCUAUGCGCAUCUGGAUGGACGUCAUCGUCACCGCCGCGGAUGAGAACCACGCCCCCUGAGCGUCCCCGCCCACCCGGGGACGUCCUGGCGAAGCUC